AGUCAUCAGCGGCUCGGCGGUGUUGGAAUUUGGAUGACGGAGAGGUCAUUUUUUUUUAUUUUUUGGUCUGGUUUGGAUCAAUCAAACGAUAGAGGCUUCUUGUUGCGGAAAAAAGAAACCUCUUUUCAAUCAAGAUGAGAACAAGAAGAAUCGCUGGUGUUGCUUUGAUUUUCAGUCCAACAACGACAGCACGUAACUAUGGAAAAGGUAACCCGUUUGUCCAUCAUCAUAUGCUCUUGUUUCAUACUACUCAAUUUUCAACGAACCCUAAUCCCACUGAUGACAUUGCAAUCACGAACCGGAAGCAACUGCAGAAGUUGUUGCUGGAGAAAUCUAAAACGGGUUUUCACAAGCUCGACCAUGCUCUUUGUUUGUUCCGUCAAAUGGCCCGAUUUCGACCUCUGCCUUCAGUGAUCCAUUUUAAUCAGCUGUUAACUGCUGUUGCCAAGAUGAAGGAAUAUUCAUCCGUCUUUUCUCUGUUUAAAGAAAUCCACGAGUUGGGCAUUCCAAUUGACGAAUAUACACUGAAUAUUUUGAUCAAUUGUUGUUGCCGCUUGAAUCGAUUGGAUUUUGGAUUUGCUAUCUUGGGUAUCUUCUUCAAAUGCGGUUAUACUCCAAAUGUGGCUACCUUCACCACUCUGAUAAACGGGUAUGUUUUAGAAGUUAAGACUUCUGAGGCUGUGAAUUUGUUCAGAAGGUUGAUAAAAUAUGGAGACAUCGAACCUGAUGAAAUCACCUAUGGGACGAUCAUAAAGGGGCUUUGUAAAGUAGGAGACACUACAAUGGCUAUAUGUUUGCUGAGGAGUAUGCAGAAAUGGAAAUAUAGGCUCACUGUUGUGAUGUAUAACACAAUCAUCGACAACCUUAGUAAGGACGGGAAUUUCGAUGAUGCUUUCCGGCUCUUAUCGGAGAUGAGAGGCUAUGAUAUUAUGCCUAAUGUGGUGACCUACAACUCUUUCGUUGAUGGCUUAUGCAAAUCAGGUCGAGGGAAGGAUGUCGCAAAUAUAUUGAGUGACAUGACGGAGCAAAACAUUUUCCCUGAUGUUGUGACCUUCAAUAUGUUGAUAGAUGCACUUUGCAAGGAGGGAAGGACUGAAGAAGCGGAGGGCAUACUCCAGAUCAUGAUUCGAAGAGGUGUGAAACCCAAUGUUGUCACUUAUAAUGCACUGAUGGACGGAUAUUGUUUGCAAGGCCAAAUAAAGAAAGCAAAAGAAGUGUUGAACUCCCUAGUUGAUAAGGGCCUUGAGCCUGAUAUCCGUAGCUAUAAUAUUCUAAUCAAUGGUUUCUGCAAUAAGAUGAAUAUAGACAAGGCCAUGGAUCUCUUCAGAGAAAUGCCUCGUAAAGGGUUAAAACCUGCUACUGGUACUUACAACACUUUGUUAAAGGGGCUGUUACACGCAGGGAGAUGUGAUGCAGCAGAUCAUAUAUUUCAUGAGAUGAUGUGUAGCGGUCAAAAUCCUGACAUUUUAACUUACUCAAUCUUGUUAGAUGGAUUCUUUAAGAACCAAAAAAUUGGCAAGGCAGUAGAGGUGUUUUGGUCAAUGCAAGAUCAUGGAAUAGUUCCUGAUAUUGUUAUUUAUAGUAUCAUAAUUAAUGGCAUGUGCGAAGCGGGGAAGAUUGAAGAUGCUCGAAAACUUUUUAGUACCGUUUUAGCCAACGGUUUGAAACCCAAUGUUAAGAUGUACACUAUAAUGAUUAGUGGACUUUGUAAGAUGGCCUUGGUAGAUGAAGCUGAGGAGUUACUUUUGCAAAUGGAGAAAGACGGCUGUCCACCAAAUAAUGUUACUUACAAUAUUGUUGUUCGGGCAUUCCUAAAGAAGGGAGACAUACAUAAGGUUAAGAUCCUUCUACAAGAAAUAAUCAACAGGAAAUUCUCACCAGAUGCAUCUACCAUGUCCAUAUUAGUAGAUUUACUUCCGGCUGAGGGUGAGGAUAGCGAACUUUUAAAAAUGAUCCAGAGUCUUGUGCCAAGGGAGGAUAGUAAGGCUGUGUCCCAAACUUUAAGUGAAUGAUUUGAAGUUGUCAGAUUAUGGAUGCUUGUGCAAGUGACAUGGAAGGAUUUAUGAGGUUCUAUGUUUUCAACUUUAGGAGCAAGUUUCACCUUGACCAUUGACAUCUUCCAUUGACAUUUGUCUUUUGCCGUGUUGUUUGGAGUUAGCAAAAACAAUCAACAAAACUGAAGGUCUAAGAGCAAGUCCACGCGCUUGCUUUAUCAGCUGCCAAGGCCAUAAUCUGACAGGUACUUUGGCAAAAUCUAUAUCCACCAGUGGGCCAAAUUGCUGCCAACAAAUGACAAAGUCAAUCUUUAGUGCCGAAUUUGGCACUGAUUCUCAUAGGGAAAUGAAAUGGGUUUUGCUACAAUCAUGCUCUCUGUACCUUGUAAUGUAGAAUUUGUGGUGUUGCAUAGUCAGAAUCAUACAUAAUCGAUUAUAAAUUCUUCAGUUCAGUUAAGGCCGUCCCCAAUUCUCUUUUUCAUCUCCAAUAGAUUCAUUCCUUUUCUGUUUGUGAGGUUCAUGAGGCUGUAAGAGUCGGCUAAUAUUCUAAAUGUGGAAGAUUCUUCUUCUUCUU